AUGGAAGCAGCACCUACCUUCCUUUCCUUUUGGGUUUUGUUAUGCUUUUCUCUACUUUUAGCUGUAAAUAAUCUCGUCAGUGCUAACUCCGAAGGCGGCGCACUCUACACCCUUCGCCGCAGCUUGUACGAUCCGAAUAACGUGCUCCAGAGUUGGGGAUCCGACCCUUGUCAAUCCUUGUACUUGGUUCCAUGUCACCUGCAACCAGGACAACCAGGAGUAACUGAAUUUCGGCUUUUUAUGUUUAAAAGGGAAACGUGUUUAAUUAUAUGUAAUUCUGCUAUAUCUAUUCACUACGGAGUUGCUGCUUUAUUUCUUUCUCUUCCUUUUGGGGUGUGGGGGUGGGGGAAGCGGACGGCACAGUUGGACAGUGAUCUUGGCAACUCAAACCUAUCUGGACAUUUGGUACCUGAACUUGGGAACCUAGAACAUCUACAGUAUCUUGAGCUUUAUAAAAACAAUAUUCAAGGAACAACGCCACCAGGGCUUGGGAAUCUGAAGAACCUUAUUAGCUUGGACUUGUACAACAACAACAUAUCAGGAACCAUUCCUCCUUCACUGGGGAAGCUGAAGAAUCUUGUCUUUAUGCGGCUGAAUGACAACCGGUUAACUGGUCCAAUCCCUAGGCGGCUUGCUGAUGUUAAAAGCCUUAAAGUAUUCGAUGUGUCCAACAAUGAUUUAUGCGGACCAAUUCCUAUGGCAGGGCCAUUUGAGCAUAUUUCAUUGAAUAACUUUGAGAAUAACCCUCGAUUGGAAGGUCCGGAGUUGUUGGGACUUGCAAGUUAUGAAACAAAUUGCUCGUGAAUAACACAAAGCCUUGGGAUCUGAAUCUAAACUGAACUAUACGUGUAUUAGAAAAUUAAAUUGUGUUAUCUUGUACUGUAAUAGGCAGCUGAAAAAGUAGCUCCUGUUGUAUGUAACUUUAAUAAGUGAACUGG